AUGGCAGAUAUACUGGAGCUGCGGACAGAUGGAAAUUCCCUCCUGAAGGCGGUGUGGCUCAGACGCUUGAGACUCACCAGGCUCCUGUUGGAAGGAGGAGCGUAUAUCAAUGAGAGCAACGAACGUGGAGAGACUCCACUCAUGGUGGCUUGCAUGUCCACACACACUGACCAGCAGAGUGUGAGCAAGCCAAAGCUGGUGAAAUAUUUGCUGGACAACCAGGCAGACCCCAACAUCCAGGACAAAGCUGGUAGGACAGCUCUAAUGCAGGCCUGCAUCCACAAGGCUGGACACGAGGUGGUGGAUGUACUGCUGAGCAAUGGAGCUGACCCCAGUCUGGAGGACAGGAGCGGGGCCUCAGCCCUGGUCUACGCCAUCAAUGCAGACGAUAAGGAGACACUAAAACUACUCUUGGAUGCGUGCAGAGCUAAAGGCAAGGAGGUUAUCAUAAUCACCACAGACAAGUCAUCAUCUGGCACUAAAACGACCAAACAGUACCUAAAUGUCCCCCCAUCAUCAGAGCUGGAUGAGAAGUCCUCCCCAGCAUACUGCACCUCUCCGUCUGAUAUCAACAUCACUGCGUCGCCCACACCUGAGCAAGAGCAACAAAACACAGUUUUCAGUUUCCAGACCAAACUAAAAACCUCCAGUUCGGCUGCAAAGCUCGCCAACGGGCCCACGUCUCCAACACGCCGGCCUUCAAACCCCAAACGUGCCCGCUUGCCUCAGCUAAAGAGGUUGCAGUCAGAGCCUUGGGGGCUGAUUGCUCCUUCAGUUCUGGCUGCAGCCGCCCAUGAGGAGAGUAAAAAAGCCAGCUCUGUUGAGGAUGUCGUCGCAGGGGUAAACGGACUCGCUCUGAAUAAGAGGUCAGCUUUAUCUCGUCAGAGCAGCGUGGAUGGAAAGGACAGCUUAUUCCCACAGGUGGGUGAACUAUCCAGCAAAAUGACAACCUCGAUAUCAGUUCCUCCAACGUCCAAAGCAUCUUAUGAGAGAUCUCUAGGCCAGCACCAGCCGCUGGCACAGCGCAUAACUGUGCCCACAGAGCAGGAGAGCAGCAGCGGACUUGCCAGUCUGAGAGACACAGUGCAUAGGAGACAUCUGGGGAACGAUCACUAUGACUCAGACUCUCAGCUCUACUCAGGCUCUGCCAUGUUAGACUCUCCAAAGGUCCCAGUGGAGCGAAGGAAACUGAACACGUCUCCUCUAGCAAUGCUAACUAGCUCCAGAGAAUCUCUCGACAGCAACGCCAGCACGUCCUCUCCGAGCACAGCACACAGACGCGCACCAGGCUUCCUGGAGAGGAGGGGCUCAGGCACGUUGCUGCUGGACCACAUCUCUCACACAAGGCCCGGCCACCUGCCCCCGCUCAACAUCAACCCGAACCCUCCCAUCCCUGACAUCGGGGCUAGUAGCAAGCCCUCCUCACCUCUGGCCACAGGUAUUAGAUCUAUAGCUCCAGUAGCACCUAACACACCAAAGAGAGGUGGCCUCAAGUCCAAGAAAAAACUUGUGAGAAGGCACUCUAUGCAAGUGGAGCAGAUGAAACAGCUUUCUGAUUUUGAAGAGAUGGCUCAUUAG